AGGUAAGGAAAAAAAGAUGGCGACUUUAGAGAUGUACAGGUCAUCAACGAUCGGAAUCUGCUUGUCGGAAACACUGGAUACGAUGGUCGGUGAUGGAAUCCUCAGCCCUGAACUCGCCUAUCAAGUUCUUAUUCAGUUCGACAAGUCAAUUGUCGAAGCUUUGGGAAGUCAGGUGAAUACGAAGGUGUCGUUUAAGGUAAAUUUUUAUUAUAUUUUUCAAUUUAGGGAAAAUUAUCUUGUUUAA